AUGUCCUCGAGUCCCCCGACUACAAGUGCGGCCGCGGCUGAUGGUGCCGCUGCACCAGCCACAACAGUGGAGCAGUUCCGCAACGCUAUGGCGGUCUUUGAGACCUUUCCUCUCCUGGACGACGACGACUUGCGUGUUCUGCUCCGGAGCUUGGGUUCGGUGCAGCUCCGCCGAGUGCUCGGCAUCGGGCACAAUGUGCUCAUGGGCACUGAUGCCCACUACGCGGCCAGGAUCUCGGCUCGCGACCGCACGCUCGAGUUGGCCCAGCAGCAAAUGCUGAUGCAGGGGACUACGCCUUCGCCGAUGCCCGGACCGCUGCUCAAGAGCAUGGGUAAGGCCCAGAGCCCUCCGCUCAAGGCCAUGCCCGCCAAGCCGUCGAGCAACAGCCCGCCACCGAGCUCUUCGACGUCACCACCGAAGCAGCCGACGGGGACGGAGCAGCCGAAGACGAAGGCCUCCAGCGGAACCAAGGGCGUCCCGGCUAUGACAACGCCCAAGAAGGCGACUACCCAGGACCCGCCCGCCUCGCCGGCCAAAGCAAAGGCUGCCUCCGCAGCUCCGAUCGCGACGCCGGCCAAGGCUGUGGUCCAGCAGAAGCGCCCGCCGCAACGACCCAGCGAAUACGACAGCACCUUGGCGGCAGUCUUCACCCAGCCGUACGUGGACACAGUGCCACAAGACUUGGAACUUAUGGCACCACCACCUUCGGCCUCGCCUUCGCCCGCUCCGCCUUUGCCGCCGCCCAGCUCACCACCGCCGGAAGUUUUCUUCGAUGAGCUGGCGCCCGACCUUGAGGACUUCCUGCAGGCUACGGCGGCUGCCUCGCAGCCAGUAUCCACCUCUGACGUCGAGGACGCCACGCCCGAGGACCCGGUGGAGCAGGACGACGACGGAGGCCAGGACGACGGGGACGACCAGGAUGAUGACGAUGACCAGCCCAGGGUCAUCUCACGCAGGCUGCUGUGCGUGUCGCCCGCUCAGCCCGACCCGCCCUCCACGGCAGGAGCCGCGACAGCAACAGGGGCCAACGCCACAGCGGAGGACACCGACGAGGACGAUGGGGCGCCCGGACCGAGUCAGCCGACUCCGGUGCCCGACCCGCCGGUGGCGAAGGCGUCCUUUCCUUCGCCCGCCGAGGUGUCCCGAGACCAGGCUCGCAUCGCUCGCCGCCGCGAUCGUGAAGAGCGGCUGCGCGCUUGGGAAGGGUGGCCUGAGCCAUGCGACUUGCUGACGGGCGAGACCAACGUCGUUUGGAACUUGCCGCCGGGCGUCCCAGCACAGCCUCCACCCGGCAAAUACGCCGACCACCGCGUGGAGGGCUACUGUAACCUGGGCUGCGAGACGCGCAAGGCCGACCGCACGCCAGUUUGUCAGGGCCGGAAGGCGCUGAAGAGCGGGCCUUCUGAUUCUUCCAUGGCGACCGGCGGUCACACAGCAAUCACCGCCUCGCCUCGCAACCCCCUGCGCCGCCCGCGCCGCAAAAAGAAGGGGUCACAUCACUUCAUGCACGAGAAGCUGGACGCCCGCACUGCGCAGCCGUUCUCUUCAAGGCUCAGGUUGUUUUGCUCUUACGCUGUGCACGCGCGCGCACGCCACGCCAUGUCGGCUUUCGACUACCACUCGUUCGUGGACUUCAUGCAAGCAGCGGUUUCGGCCGGAUUGUCGCCGCAAACCAUCGACAAGAUGAGCGAGCUGGGGUUCGAAAGCAUACAUGAUGCGGCACUCCGCGCGAAGCACGUCGACCAUCGACUCGCCGGUGAGAUCGAGGUCAUGUUGGUCAUGUCGGGGUACAAAGACCACAUGGAAGCCAGCCAAGGGAUCGCCCCGCCCCGCGGACCCGCACCGCGCUUCGACCAGCCUGCUCCGAGAACCUCGGCUGGUGGCAUGUUGAACAAGGCCUUGGCAGCCGCCGACCCGCUCAACUCGGAGGACGCCUUGCGAGACUUUCGGGACAAUGUGUACGCCCGCUCCGCGCGGGCCCCGAAUGACGCUCGCUGGGUCACAUGGUGCAAAAUUUGCGCGGCCUGGGGAAUCAGCCCCGUGCCUCUGACCGCCGACACCAUCGAGAAGGUCGGCACGAGUUUUCGCAGCGGGGGAUACCGCAGCUCCGCUCAGUAUUUCUCUCGGGCCCGCAAGGAGCACAUACAGGUCACGGGCCAAGCUGUCCCCCCGCCCGUGGAACUGGCGAUACGCGACGCCAUCAGGUCCAUUGAGCGAGGCAUGGGCACCAAUUCCCCCAAGGACGCCUUUCGCCUCGACUCCCUCGACAUCUGCAUUGACCUGCUCGAGGAAAGGCUCCGCUUUCACCAUGCCAUGGUGGUCCUGGGAUCUCGGUUUCUUUGCCGCGAGAUCGAGCUCUCCGCGCUCCGGGUCAAGCACAUGACUCUCGACUCCGAAAGAAAGCAAGUAUGCCUCACCCUGUCCGCGAGCAAGAACGACACCGUGGGGUCAGUGGUGCAGCGACGACACUCGUGCUACUGCGGCACCAUCCCGGAGACGAUCUGCCCCUAUCACGCGGCGCUCCGCAUCGCCGACCAGUGCUCUUCCGACUCCGAGGAUUUUAUUUUCGCAGCCGACACUGGUGAGCCCAUGACGAAGGCACAGACGAUCGAGGCGAUCCACGCAGUUCUCACCGCGGCCGACGUGCCACUGACCAGAGCCGGAGCUCCCCUCGAGCCCGAGGUGAACAGGUUCGGGGGACAUUGUCUUCGAGUCUCGGGCGCCCAACACCUGUGUCGCAUGAGGAUACCGGUGAGCACGAUCAUGUUGCUCGGGAGAUGGGGGAGUCGCGCGAUCGAGCGCUACGUCCAGGACACCGAACUCGAGGACGCCCUCUACGGCAUCGCGGCCGCCGGCCUUCCGACCUUGCCGCCUGGGCCUGCAGCCCUCAAGGACAAGGCGCACGACUCCCCUCCCUGGACCCUCGUGCACAACCUGGAGGAGUCUGAGCCAGCGCCUCCGCCUCGACCGACGAAGAAAGCUCGCUCAACAAGGACAGACGCAGAGGACAAAGAGGCCGUGGCAGCAAUGAUCGGAUCGCUUGACGACAUAGCCGCACGCCUCGAGUCGAUCCAGGACAGGCCAGACCUGGUUUGCAAGCGCAAGGCACACAUGAGGGACCCCGAGGAGUCCUCACGACCGCCAGCGAAAUGGCGCGCUCGCUGCGGCUGGCCGUACGGGUACUCCAACUUCACCCGGGCACAUGACGAUGGUUCUCAGAACCUGUGCCUCAAGUGCUUCCCCGAGGCAGGGGCAGAGAGUCGCAAGAAGGCGGCCGGACAGCAGCAGUCCGACACGGAGUCCACUGACAGCUAUGUUGUCAUGGAUACCGGCCUGCGAGCACUUCUCCUGGACGCUGGCGCGUCAGACGACCUGAUCGCCUACGUUGCGACCAAAGGCAUCCUCUCCACCGCGAUCUUCGCCGAGAUGGGCGAGGACGUGAAGGAGUUCGAUCAAGCUAUGGUACAGCCGCUCGCCUCGCCAUUCAAGCUCCAGGACGGCAAGGUGUUUGAAGUGAGUGACGCCGAGCUGCCAGUGGCUCGCGCAAGGCUACGCCACGCCUGGCGAAAGGCUCGCGAGAAGUCAGCACCGAACGCCGCGAGCAGCUCCCCGGCCACGACCGCGGCCGCAGCCACCUCGACUUCCAAGACAAAGGAGCUGCCGCCAGGGUACUGGCAGCAACAGAUACACAAGUAUGAAGCCGUGCUCAUACAUGGAGUUCCUCGCAAGUUCCCCGAGAUGACUCUCUUAGGAGCCGAGGCCGUGAUCGCGAAGCUCCUCAACGACGCCAAGAACCUCGCUCACAACGCGAUCCCCUUGGAAGAGAUCGUGCAGCACAGGCACUUCACUGCGGCGCUCCUCCCCAACACCCUAAGCUCAGCUCGCAAACGGGCCCGGUCACAGGAGCAGGUCACCACUUUGGUCGUGAACGCCGACCUUCAGCUCGAGACCGAACCCGAGACGCCUUGGAAGCCGAAGAGCCAGGUAGCCAUUCUCGACUGCCUCGAGGCCAUUCGCGUCGCCCUGAUCUUCAUCGAGUACGCCCCGGAGAGCGACAUCGACGAGUAUUUUUCAUGGUGGCAGCGGCUGGUGCGCAGCCGCCCCAACAAGAUCGACCAGCUCAAGAUUCACUGGGAGAAUACAUCGUGGCGCAUCGCUCUCGCGCUGCGCAAGAAGCAGCCUUUCAGGGACAUCGCGCACGAGAUCAUGGCCGACAGCCAGCUUCUCCAAGAGGCCAUGAGCACAGAAGUUCAGCCAGAUCGCCCCGCACGUGCCCCAAGGAACACCGAGACCCCUUGGCAUGACAUCCCUCGUGGAGGCAGAGGUCGAGGCAAGGGUCGAAACGGCAAAGGCCAGCAGCGUUGGUGGGAGCGCCCGGAGGGCAAAGGGAAUGGCAAGGGUGGCGGAAAGCAUCGCUACCAACCUCAAUACGAUCGCCAGUGGAACCACUACCAAGGCCGCGGUCGCCAACAUGAUGAAGAUCGCCCACACUGGCAAGGUCACGGCAAAGGUCGCCAACAAGACGACGACAGAUCGCAAUGGUCGCCAUUGCCCCGCUCCCGAAGAUCUCCCGACGACGACAAACAAAAGCCACCCCAGUCAGUGACGCUCCGCAGCAAGGCCGAGACCAUCCGCAUCAAGAACGGCGAUCGCUCGCCCGACAUCGUCAUGCUCAGCUUCUUCGACGGCCUCGGCACCGCUUGUUUGAUCUGCGACGAGUACUGCAGCAGCAAUGGUCUCCAGUGGCGUGGUGCAUCUUGGGAGAUCGACCCCAACCUGAAGAAGCUGUUACACGACCACUUCCCUGACGUGGUGCAACGUGGCGACUUCGACCAAGAGACGCCCGAGUCUUUGCACGACUUGGUUCAGGAGCUGGACCCCGCAGGACGAGCGACUGUGGUCAUAGCGGGAGGCCCUCCGUGUCAUGACUUUUCACGCAUUCGCUCAGAUGCGCCUGGUCACCAAGGUACGGAGGGAUCCAAGUUCGCUCGAUUCGCCCAGCUCGUGGUGGAUUUGGAAAAGAGAUGGCAAAGACCCCGCGCCGUCAUCAUGGUGGAGAACGUCAUCCCACAGAAUAGAGCAGAUAUGCGCAAGAUCGAGAAGUCCCUCGACUCGCCAGCCGUGGUCCAUGACGCCGCAGACUUCGGCACCAUAUCCCGACCAAGAGUCUGGUGGUGCAGGGUGCCAUGGCAGGAAAUCGCCCAUCGACCCGAUUGUCCUCUUCGCAUUCGUUGGACAACUAUGCAGGGCAUCCCACGCGUGCACUUCGACCUCGUCAAGGACGACCCGCACGCUUUCAAGACCGAAGGACUUUCUUUGCCGAGGUGCCUGGUCGAGGAGGGCAAGCCGCUCCCGUGUCUCACAACACCUUCCGACGACCCACAAGGACGCCCCGCUCCACGCAGCUGUAAGGGCAAGAUCAGCAGUGAAGCAAAUCAACGAUGGCGUGCCGAUCGACAACGAUUCGCUCCUUGGCAUUACGAAGCAGGCGUAAUGAUGGCGGACAGUCAAGGCCGCUUCGUGAUUCCUCCACCAUCGGUGAAGGAGCAAUGGCAUCACUUGCCACAAGGUUGGACCAGCAAGCUCUCCGAGCACGAGCGCCACAAAGCGCUAGCCAAUGGCUGGCACGCCGGAGCCGCGCGCCUGAUCUUCAUCAUGGCCAUGUUUGCCGCGACGCCCGCAAAGGCUGACAAGGAGCUCAACCCGCUAGGAGGAACCGCGCUCGACAUAGCAGCUGGUUUGUGGCAAAGUCGCCCGCCACUCCUAGGCCCGGGACCUGGCGACUACGACUCAUUCGACCUCUCCUACCUGCAGGACCCCGCGGAGCACUGGAGCUUGUCACGACACAUGCCCCAUCCGGAUCACCGCGACGCACUCAUGGAGCCCGGUUUGCAACAGUGGAUCCGCAUUUGGUUCCGGAUGCGUGCCCACUUGGCAGAACUACGCCUCGCAGUCGUGGAACAGGUCGAAGAGAUGGUUGUGGACAUGGAAGACGAGACCAGGUCUUGGUACCAGAGCCUCCGCCCGCACGUACAGAAAGCCUACAGGAGCACCACAGGAGUGUGCACCUUGCAGCUGCCCGCGCUCCGCAGAAUCUGUGAACUUUUUGGAUGGCAGGACCUCGGCAUCUUCGACGAGCUCACACAUGGUUUUCGACUUCUAGGACCCCUUGCUCCAGGACUUGGUUGGAAACGACGCAACGACGACCGCUACGCCAACCCUCUGGACCUCGCGGAGUUCAUGGUCAAGAACAAGCAGUACGUCGUCGACAAGCUUCGUCGAUGCCGCGUCGACCCCUGCUGGAAGCAGAUGGCAGACGAGAUAGCAGCCGAUGUGUCACUCGGGCGCAUGGAAGGCCCGUUCACCAGCCCUUCGGACUGGCCCAAAAGUGCAGUGCCGCUCGCAUCGCACGAGCACACAAGCAAGCUACUUGAGGGCCCAGGCGAACACCAGCCGACGUGCUUCGCGUUCGCAGUCCACCAGGUCGGGUCCGAUGGCCGCCCCAAAGUACGUCGCGCCGAAGACUGGAGACGUUCUUUCGCUAACGCAACGGUCGCAGCAGAGGACUCCCCGCCGUACCACGACGUCAACUCCUACGUGCAGCUGGUCCGUGCCAUCAAGGAGAUCGACCCGCAGGCCGAGAUCCUCAUAUGGGGCCUUGAUCACGAGUCGGCCUACAGACAGCUCCCAGCGCUCGACCCGUCACACACCUACGUGGUUCUCGCGACGCCCGAAGGAGUCACUCUUUGGCGCCAUACAGUUCUAAUGUUUGGGUCAGUGGCGAGUGUGUGGUCCUAUUGCAGAAUUGCGGACCUCAUGGGUUGGUUAUGCCGCGCAUGCAUUUUCACGCCCGCGCUACACUUCGUCGAUGAUUUCGGCAGCGCAGAGGUCACCAUGCUCGCCAACUCGUCCUUCGACGCUUCGCGUCGACUUUGCAAAGCAUUGGGUUUUUCUUUUAAGCAGUCUAAGGAGCAACCGCCGGCCCCGCGACAGGUCAUCCAAGGAGUCGACAUUCUUGUGUCCCACGAGUCAGUCACAGUGCAGGGCACAGAUGAGCGGAGACAGAGGCUCGACGAGGCGCUCGCGGACGUGCUCACUCAGGACCGCUUGCGACCCCACGAAGCAGCCAGCCUCGCGGGGAAACUGCAGUUUUACUGUCAGUCACUUCAAGGUCGCUCGCACGCUGCAGCUCUUCGGCCCCUGUUUCGCAGAGCUCGACUCACAGGCGCUGGUCGUCAUCAUCGCGAUUGGAGACUCGAUGGACCGCUUCGCCACGGGAUCGGACUACUACGCUGGAGCCUGCGGCACGCAACGCCCAAGGUCUUUCCUUUCGACAAAGAGGCGCACUCGGUCCUCUACGCCGACGCGUUCUUCAACCUCUUCGACAAGGACUGGAAGCCCUCCGAUGAGGACAUUCCCAACUGGGGACGAACACCCCCGGAGACACUCCGCAACGGAUGGGGCUUCGUGGUGACCGUGCAAGGUAAGACCCACUUCGCUCACGGCAGCGUACCGUACUGGUUCGUGCGAGCAUUCACGAGUCGCCGUGCAUACAUAUACAUGCUCGAGAUCGUGGCUCAGAUCUUGCCUCUGUUCGCCAUGGAGGACCAGCUCGACCGACACGUCAUGCUCUUCGUGGACAACGAACCCGCACGCCACGCUCUCACUCGAGGCUUUGGCAAGGACGAGUCGAUCAACUGCUUGCUACAACAUGCAUGGCGCUUCUUGGAGGCAAAAUCCUUUCGCCCAGCAUGGCAACGUGUCACGUCGGCAGCCAACGUCAGCGACUCCGUUAGCCGCGGUGACCUUCGCCACGCUCGAGCCGAAGGUUGGAUCGAACUGGAACGAGAUUGGGACAGUCUUUUCGAAGAGCUUCUGACGGGCUCUGAGAGGUUUAGGGCUACCGGUGUGCUGUAA